AUGGGGAAAGGGGAAACGGCGGGGAAGGGGGAAGUGGCGGAAGGAGUGGGGGAGGUUGGUGGGGAAAAGCGGCCGCUUCAGCUGGUGGUGAUCGGAGGAGGGGCGGCGGGCGUGUUUGGUGCGAUUCGAGCCAAGGAGAUGGCUCCUGGUUUGGAGGUCCGGGUGGUGGAGAAGAGUCAACCGCUGGGGAAGGUGCGCAUAUCAGGGGGCGGGCGCUGCAAUGUCACAACAGGCCUCGCAGCCGACCCCAUACACCUCUCCUCCCACUAUCCGCGAGGCCAUCGCGAGCUUAAAGGCUCCUUCUUCCGAACACACGGCCCAGCAGACACAGUCGAGUGGUUCACCCAGCGAGGGGUGCCCCUCAAGACGGAGCCAGACGGGCGCAUGUUCCCCGUGUCAGACUCCUCCCAGUCGGUCAUUGACUGCCUGCUAUCACAAGCCCACCAACUCUCAGUGACCAUCUCCCCGGGCUGGCCCGUGGCAUCCAUCACUCGCACCCCUGCAGGCCAGUUCCUGGUCUCCUCCUCCAAGAAGACUCCACCGAUUACCAACAGCUCCUCCUCUCCCUCUUCUGCUACCUCCUCCUCCACCUCGCCCCUCUCCCUCGUGGCUGAUUUCGUUCUUAUCGCCACCGGUGGGUCAAUCAAGGGCCAUGACAUGGCAUCAUCCCUAGGUCACUCCAUCGUCCCUCCCUGCCCGUCUCUCUUCACUUUCAACAUCCCUGAUUCUGCUCUCACUGCUCUAGCAGGGGUAUCCCUUGAAGACGUAUCUCUCAAGCUGCUCGUUCCAUCCUCCCCUUCCUCCUCCGACCUUUCACCCCUCGCCUCUACCGCUGCUGCCACCGCCACCACCACCACAACCACUGCUGCCGCUGUCACUGCCACUGCUCCUGCCACCGCUGCCACCACGAGCAAAACCAAGUCCAAGCAGCGAAAGGACAAGGAGGUUUCCUUCACGCAGCGAGGGCCGCUGCUGUUCACGCACUGGGGAGUGAGUGGUCCAGCGGUGCUGAAACUCUCAGCCUGGGCUGCUAGGAACCUGCAUGCUUCUGCUUACACUGCAACUCUAGCGGCUGACUUUACCCCUCAUCUCUCCGCUGCUGCUCUCCUCUCUGCACUCACUGCUGCCAAAUCAUCACUUCAGAAGAAAAAAAUCGGCACUACUGCCCCAGUGGAGCUGAACCUUCCCAGAAGAUUCUGGUGCUACCUGCUUGAUCGUGCUGCAAUCCAUCCAGACACCCUCUGGGCAUACGUGUCAAAGGCUCAUUUGCUCGCCCUUGCUGAUGUCAUCCACAAAUCUGAGCUGGCAGUUGCAGGGAAGGGUCGUUUUAAGGAUGAAUUCGUGACUGCAGGUGGUGUUACUCUUAAAGAGGUCAAUCUUGCAACCAUGGAGAGCCGUCUCGUUCCCAACCUCUACUUGGCAGGCGAGAUACUGAAUGUGGAUGGAAUCACAGGAGGCUUCAAUUUCCAGAAUGCGUGGACUGGAGGGUACAUUGCAGGAACUGCCAUAGCAACUGUAGCCAACCGACUACACUCACCUUACCCUUAA